AACAAGUUAAUUAUCCCCCCUCUCUCUUAAAAAUUCAAUCUUUUCAAAAUCCCACAAUUUUAUAUAAGCCUAGCUUGCACCCCAUAUCCAAACCCAAAAAAGAUGACUCUUCCAGUUCCAGAUGUGGAGGUGAAGAAGAAGAAGAGUAAUGUGUUUUGGGGCAGAAAGUGGAAUUCUGUGGAUAUUGGGAUUGCUUGUGGGCUUGGGGCUAUUCAUUUGUUGUGUGCUUUAGGCCCUUUUACAUUCAACUGGGGUGCAUUUGGUGUUGCUGUGGGAUUGUAUGUCAUCACUGGCCUUCUUGGCAUCACUCUCUCUUUCCAUAGAAAUCUUUCUCAUAAGAGCUUCAAGCUUCCCAAAUGGCUUGAGUAUUUCUUUGCUUACUGUGGCACUCUAGCCCUUCAGGGGAAUGCAAUUGAGUGGGUGAGCACACAUAGAUACCACCAUCAGUUUGUUGACUCAGAAAAAGAUCCACACAGCCCAAUUGAGGGAUUUUGGUUUAGUCACAUGAGUUGGCUCUUUGACACUGAUCAAAGGUAUAGGGAGAGAAACAAUGUAAAAGAUUUAGAGAAACAACCCUUCUAUAAGUUCCUUGAGAAGACCUAUAUACUUCAUCAAUUGGCACUUGGAGCUUUACUCUAUGCAAUGGGUGGAUUUCCCUACAUUGUUUGGGGAGUAGGUGUGAGGACUGUGUGGGUUUACCAUAUCACUUGGCUGGUGAAUUCCGCGUGCCAUCUUUGGGGCAAACAAGUAUGGAAUACUGGUGACCUAUCACGAAAUAACUGGUGGGUGGCAGUGCUUGCAUUUGGAGAGGGGUGGCAUAACAACCACCAUGCCUUUGAGCAUUCAGCUAGACAUGGGUUAGAGUGGUGGCAAAUUGAUAUGACUUGGUAUGCAAUUAGGGUUCUUGAAGCACUUGGAUUGGCCACAAAUAUCAAAUUGUCUACACCAGCACAAAAGCAAAAGAUGGCCUUUGCUAGAUCAAAGCCUUUAAAUUAGUUGUGUAUGUACAUGGAGAGACAGGGCCUUACUUUCUGAAUUUGAUUGUACAAAUAAAAGGGUCAAAUAUUUUGUAAAUAAAUUCAGUAGUGUUAAUAUGAUAA